AUGGGACGAAAAAAAAUUCAAAUAUCAAAAAUAACUGAUGAACGAAAUCGUCAAGUAACAUUUACCAAACGUAAAUUUGGUCUAAUGAAAAAGGCUUAUGAAUUAAGUGUAUUAUGUGAUUGUGAAAUAGCAUUAAUUAUUUUUAAUAGUAGUAAUAAAUUAUUUCAAUAUGCAUCAACCGAUAUGGAUAAAAUAUUGCUUAAAUAUACCGAAUAUAAUGAACCACAUGAAAGUAGAACAAAUAAUGACAUUGUACAAAUUCUCAAUAAAAAAGAAUCAAAACAUUUAGAUAAUAAUGAUAGUGACAACGAUAUGGAAAGUGGAAAUGAAUGUGAAGAAAAAUUAGAUGAUAGUACUAAUCAUAGCAAUAGUAACAAUAAACGUCCUAAUGCUCAAAAUCAUAUGUCAAACCAAGGAUCUUAUUCUUCUUCGUCAAUGAAUGGUAUUCAAAAUAAUCAUAAUUCAUAUCUUUCUGUUGUUGGUAGUGCAGGUAUUGAUGUUAGUUCUAGUCCAUCUCCUCAAUCAACAUAUUCUCCGCAAAGUUCUCCGAGUGAAUCUCGUACAAGUCCAAGUGUACAUAAAUCAUCUAUUAACACAUCAAAUGACAAUCGAACAACCAUUCCAAAUUCUGUGAAAAAUUCUAAUCAAUACACUACGAUGAAUAUGCCACACGGUGAUUCUAGACUUAAUCGUCUACCUGGUGAUUUUUCAUUGACCGGUGCUGAUUUGAAUUCAUUAUCAAACUCAAAUAAUUUUCUUCCAUGGCAUGCAUCAUCUCAUUCAUCAUCAUUAUCAGCCGCAUUACAAAUGAAUCCAUUGGGACUAAUGAAUUAUGACAUGCAUCCUCCCUCAAGUCUGUUAUGCGGUCCAUCUUUAACAGUUAACAGUGGUACAAAUUCAAAUCGUACUAAUCUCUAUAGUCUGUCUCAACGGGGACAGCAUCGUAUGAAAAAUGAACCAUAUUCUCCUCCUAUUCCACGAAAUCUUAAUCAUACAAAUAACAAUAACAAUAACAAUAACAAUACGAAUAACACAUCUUCGAAUGACAACAAUUCAUUAAAUCUUAAUAGUUCAGAUUAUUCUCUUGAACCAAAUAUGAAACAUCCAAGAUUGCAACAGCAACAACAACAACAACAACAACAGCAGCAACAACAACAAACAUGUCCUUGGCCAAAUACAACAUGA